AUGAAAUCAUUCAGUAAUUUAUUAUCAUCUUUUGUUUCAAAGUAAUACACACCCUUUUUACAAAAACUGAAUAAUUGUUCCUUAUUGUAGAAUACUCCGACCAUCUUAAUGACAGACAUAUUGUAUUUGAUUGAAUGCUUCGAAGGAUUUGGUCCAGAAUGCAAAGGAAUUUAACCAACUGGGCAAGAAUACUUACAAUAAUUUUUCAAAGUGAUUAAUAAUAAAAACUUGGAUGGUUUCAUUGGAAUUAAAAUAAUUCUAACCAUUCAUUUAAUUCUAUAUGAAUUUUAAAUAGGAGAUUCCAUUGCAGAAUAAAUGAUAAAAGAAGGAUCAGUACUUCAUGUCUAAUAAAAUCAAUAAUUCAGUAGGUUUACUUAAAAUUAUCUGAUGUAUUUGUUGAAAUUAGCAUAAAAUUUAAAAUUGUUUUAUGCUUGUAAAAUAGGUUAGUAUCCUAUUUUUGAUUAAGAUUUAACAUAAAUGUAAUGUUAAUAAAAUACAAGAGAUCAACAAUUUUAAUAAUUUUAAAUUUUGAAUAAAAACAGUAAUUUUAGAGAUACAUAAUUGCAAUAUCGGAAUUAUCAACAAAAGAAAUUAGAAUUGAAUAAGCAAUAAUCAACAGGAAGUAUUACGAUAGAAUAGAAAAUAAUAUAUUUAUUUAAAUUGCACAAUUUACUAAAUUAAUGUAUAUAGGUAUAAAAUAUAUGUAUAAAUACAUUAAAAUAAAUAGAAAAUUAAGAUUCCAAAAAUAUUUUCAUUGAAUUAAGUUGUGUUCUUUGGAAUGAUUGCAUGUUGAUGUACAAAUUUUCUUCAUAAGAAGUAUUAUUUUCAUAUGAUAAUUUUAGUUAUGCAAAUUCCUUGAUUCUUUUCGAUAAUUACCAUCAUAAUAAUUACUUUAAAUUCAAUAAAUAUAUUUAGUAACUAUAAACUCUUCCACUUAAAUCAAAUAAUUAUAUCAAGAUAGAAAUUAUUUCGAUUCUUAAAAUAUUAUAAAAUAGCCAUUUUGGUUUGAGGAAAAUAAGUAAUUAUCUUAAGAGAUUCAAAAUAGAAUAAUUGAUAAUAAAAUGUAACAGAUACCUGAUUCAACAAGAAAGAUGAAUAAAGUAUUAACUCCUUAAACAUAAUAAAACUAAAUAUCACCAACUAAUAUUGCUUAACCAUUCACUUCAAGAAUAGGGAAUUCUGAAAUCUCUACAAAAACCACUAUAUUUUCAUAACCAUAUUUCAUUGCUAAUAAAAAAUUUUAACAAUAAACAAAACAGUUAGAAACUUAAUAAUCUACAAAUAAGAGAAUAAAAAGUCAUUUUGGAAGCAUAUUCUCUGACGAAUAAUUAAUUAUAUCUCCAAAAGAAUCUUCAAAAUUAUAAUAACAAUUAUGA